CAGCGUGUCCGCGCGCCGCCGCCAGCAUGGGCUGCGCCCCGAGCAUCCACAUUUCCGAGGGCCGGGCGGUGUACCACGGCGGCAAGGAGGCCGAGGACGCGCCGGGAGCCGCCGCGCCGCCGCCGCCGCCCGCCGGCCCGAAGACCACCGCCUCGCCCGCGACCCGCGGCGCCGGCCUCGCGGAGCCCGAGCCUCGCGACGGCAGCGGCAGGAAGGUAGCAGUAGCUGACGUGCAGUUUGGCCCAAUGAGAUUUCAUCCAGAUCAGCUCCAGGUACUUUUAGUGUUUACCAAAGAAGAUAACCAGUGUAAUGGAUUCUGCAGGGCAUGUGAAAAAGCAGGGUUUAAGUGCACAGUUACCAAGGAGGCUCAGGCUGUUCUUGCCUGUUUCCUGGACAAGCAUCAUGACAUCAUCAUCAUUGACCACAGAAACCCCCGGCAGCUGGACGCAGAGGCGCUGUGCAGGUCUAUUAGAUCAUCAAAACUCUCUGAAAACACAAUUAUUAUUGGUGUAGUACGCAGGACGGAUAGAGAAGAGUCAUCUGUGAUGCCCCUCAUUGCCGCUGGCUUUACGAGGAGGUAUGUGGAGAACCCCAGUCUCAUGGCCUGCUACAACGAGCUGCUCCAGCUGGAGUUCGGAGAGGUGCGGUCCCAGCUCAAACUCAGGGCUUGUAACUCAAUAUUCACUGCAUUAGAGAAAAGUCAAGAAGCAAUUGAAAUUACAAGUGAAGACCGCGUUAUACAGUAUGCAAAUCCUGCAUUUGAAACAACCAUGGGCUAUCAGUCAGGUGAAUUAAUAGGAAAGGAGUUAGCAGAAGUGCCUAUAAAUGAAAAAAAGGCUGAUUUGCUCGAUACUAUAAAUUCGUGCAUCAGGAUAGGCAAGGAGUGGCAAGGGAUCUACCAUGCCAAGAAGAAAAAUGGAGAUAAUGUGCAACAAAAUGUGAAGAUAAUACCUGUCGUUGGACAGGGAGGAAAAAUUAGACACUAUGUGUCCAUUAUCAGAGUGUGCAAUGGCAGCAAUAAGGCUGAGAAAAUAACUGAAUGUGUUCAGUCUGACCCUCAUACAGAUAAUCAGUCAGGCAAACACAAAGACAGAAGGAAGAGCUCGCUAGAUGUCAGAACUCUUGCUUCUCGAGCAAGUGAAGGUGGCAGCCAGAGACGACACUCCUCCAUGGCCCGGAUACAUUCCAUGACGAUCGAGGCGCCCAUCACCAAGGUCAUCAACAUUAUCAAUGCUGCCCAGGAAAGCAGCCCCAUGCCUGUGACAGAAGCCUUAGACCGUGUGCUGGAAAUUCUGAGAACCACUGAGUUAUACUCACCGCAGUUUGGUGCUAAGGAUGACGAUCCUCAUGCCAACGACCUCGUUGGGGGCUUAGUGUCUGAUGGUUUGCGAAGACUGUCCGGGAAUGAGUAUGUUCUUUCAACAAAAAGCCUUCAGCAGCUGCCCAGCAGUGUGAUCACACCCAUCUCCCUUCACGACGUCCCCCCGCGGAUCGCGCGGGCCAUGGAGAACGAGGAGUACUGGGACUUCAAUAUUUUUGAACUAGAGGCCGCCACACAUAAGAGGCCUUUGAUUUAUCUUGGUCUCAAAAUGUUUGCUCGCUUUGGAAUCUGUGAAUUCUUGAACUGCUCCGAGACGACGCUGCGAUCGUGGUUGCAGGUCAUUGAAGCCAAUUACCACUCUUCCAACCCCUACCACAACUCGACACACUCUGCCGACGUGCUUCACGCCACUGCCUACUUUCUGUGCAAAGAGAGGAUAAAGCAAACUUUAGAUCCGGUCGACGAGGUCGCGGCCCUCAUCGCAGCCACCAUCCACGAUGUGGACCACCCCGGGAGAACCAACUCGUUCCUGUGCAAUGCUGGAAGCGAGCUGGCCAUUUUGUAUAAUGACACUGCUGUGCUGGAGAGCCACCACGCGGCCUUGGCCUUCCAGCUGACCACCCGAGAUGACAAAUGCAAUAUCUUCAAGAACAUGGAGAGGAACGACUACCGGACGCUGCGUCAGGGGGUUAUCGACAUGGUCUUAGCCACAGAAAUGACAAAGCACUUCGAGCACGUCAACAAAUUUGUCAACAGCAUCAACAAGCCCCUGGCAGCCCUCGAAGCAGAUGGGGAAGUGGCUAGAGAUGAAGAAGCCGUGACCACCAUGCUCAGGACCCCAGAGAACCGGACUCUGGUUAAGCGGAUGCUGAUCAAGUGCGCGGAUGUGUCCAACCCCUGCCGGCCCCUGGAGCAGUGCAUUGAGUGGGCCGCACGCAUCUCCGAAGAAUACUUCUCUCAGACGGAUGAGGAGAAGCGGCAGGACUUACCCGUGGUGAUGCCGGUUUUUGACAGAAACACCUGCAGCAUCCCCAAGUCCCAGAUUUCCUUCAUCGACUACUUCAUCACGGACAUGUUUGAUGCUUGGGACGCCUUUGUAGACCUGCCUGAGUUAAUGCAGCAUCUUGACAACAACUUUAAAUACUGGAAAGGACUGGACGAAAUGAAGCUGCGGAGCCUCCGGCCGCCCCCCGAGUAGCACGCAGCACCGCCCGGGCCCCGGAGCUUUGGCCCUCGGCUCGUUCGGAAUUCCUGAGGCAGCCAGAGGCCCCGGGCCCUUGCAGUAUUAGGCCGAACAGUGCCAGGUCUGCAGAGCCCGUGAGAGCACCUGGGGCCGUCGGCGACCUUCUGUAGCCACCAUGCAGUGCCGUGGCCACCAAGUGCGACCCGGUCCGCCCUGUGGGGCCUGCAGCAGGGGCUCUUCGGACAGUCCCCGGAG